AUAGUACGAUUGAUUUUAUGAAUGAAUGUCAAGUUUAAUAUUUAAUGUCUUAGUGUUAGGUUGUUGUUUGUAUGUGUGUAUAUAAUCGUGGAAUACCUAUUUAAUUGAUUUCAAUGUAUGUACGGCAAAACCGAUGUGUUAUUAAACAAAUUAAUUGUGCAAGUCUCAGUUACAAUAACUCGUGUGUAAGGAAGACUCAAAAUAUCGUUGCACAAAAAUGUUACAUCAUAAGAUAAGAAAUUAUCAAAACACAAUAAGAAAAUUUGUUGAUUUUAAUCAUGAAAAGCUAUAACUGUGUCGCUGAAUUCAAAUAUUUAAGAAAAAAUUUAAAUAAUUUCAAAACAAUGGCACGACACAGAAAUAUUAGAAACUUAAGAAAUUAUGACGAUUUUGAUGACGAUUAUGCUUUUGGUCACUCGCUGGAAGAAGAUUGUAUUUCACCCACAGAUGCUCAACAAUGGUUGUACGAUAGAGAAAGAGGACAAAACUCUAUGGCAUCUUUCCUAGCAAACAACCAAGACAUUGAAGAAGAAGACGAAGAGCCUUUUCGUAAGAAUGAACGCCGAGAUUCCGAUACGUAUCAACUGCCUGAGCUGCCGGACGAAGAGAAGGCUAAGCUCUUAUCGUGCUUGGAUGAAAUCCGCGGCAUUGUAGGUGAUACAAGUAUCACGGAGAAAUUAUUGGUGGAAACCAUCAUAAAAUAUGAGUACGACUGUGCAAAAGCACUGGAUUUUCUACUGAACAAUCCUAGCUCAAUAAAGUGCACCGAAGAAUCAACAUUGGAAAAAAAUAAUAGAAAAGAUACAAAUAAUUUGAUUGAAAAAGGUAUAAGUGAGAAACUUCUCGAGUUAACUUCAAAACACCAGAUAGAUAACGAAAACAUACCUCAGAUUGUGAUUCCGGUUGGAAAAAAAGCAGGGCAUGUUACACGAGGCUUUGACGUAGGGACAACGCCGAAAACACUGUCUCCUAUAGGUAGUGGUCGAGCAUCCCCAAUGCACGUUGAAGAGCAACCUGCAAAGUUUCUGAAAGUUCGCGAAAAUAAUAGAAACGUCAAGGAAAUGUAUAGCAAGGAACGUGGAUCAGAAAAGCAACAUUUACAUUUGGUGGUGAUUGGUCACGUUGAUGCCGGAAAAAGUACACUGAUGGGUCAUUUACUAUUUGAUGUGGGGAAUGUUCCGCAGCGCCUUAUGCACAAGUAUGAACAAGAAAGUAAAAAGCUUGGCAAACAGAGUUUUAUGUAUGCCUGGGUACUGGAUGAAACCGGGGAAGAGCGCGCCAGAGGAAUUACUAUGGAUAUUGGCAGUUCAAAUUUCGAAACACCCACGAAACAUGUGACACUUUUGGAUGCUCCAGGACACAAAGAUUUUAUUCCAAACAUGAUAAGUGGCGCAAAUCAAGCGGAUGUUGCUUUGUUAGUGGUCGAUUCAACAAGAGGUGAAUUCGAAACUGGUUUUGAACUUGGUGGCCAAACAAGAGAACAUGCACUUUUAGUGAAGUCUCUUGGUGUGACACAACUUGGAGUAGUUGUAAAUAAACUAGAUACAGUUUCGUGGUCCCAGGAUCGUUUUCUCGAAAUUGUAGCAAAGUUGAAAAUAUUUUUGAAGCAAGUUGGAUUCAAAGAAGGUGACACAACUUAUAUACCCUGUUCUGGUUUGACGGGAGAAAAUCUCGUCAAACCACCAAGCUCACCAGAGCUACUUAGUUGGUACAACGGACCAACUUUGUUUUCUUUGAUUGACAACUUUCGAAUACCUGAACGUCCCAUCGAAAAGCCGUUCCGUUUGAGCAUAAACGAUAUUUUCAAAAGCGCUGGAUCCGGUUUUUGCGUAUCUGGUAGAGUUGAAUCCGGUGUUCUAUGCGUGAACGACAAAGUUUUACUGUGUCCUUGCAAAGAACAAGCUACAGUUAAGAGCAUAAUGAUGGAUGACAUCCCGCAAAAUACUGUAUUUGCCGGAGACCAAGUUUCAAUCACAUUAUUUGGCGUAGAUAUUACGAAUGUUUCGGUAGGAAAUAUUUUGUGUGAUAUUUACCGUCCGAUUCCCCUAGCUAUUCGCAUAAGAGCACGCAUCAUAGUUUUCAGCUCUGUAACUACCCCGAUAACAAAAGGUUAUCCAGUUGUUGUACAUCAUCAAUCGCUAAUUGAGCCAGCAACUAUAGUAAAGCUAAAAGCACAAUUACACAAAAGCACAGGCGAAGUUGCUAAGAAAAAUCCACGUUGCCUAGGAAAUAAUUGUUGUGCAUUGGUAGAGAUAGAAUUUACAAGACCAAUUUGUAUGGAAAGAUUUGCUGACUGCAAAGAACUUGGACGCAUAAUGUUGCGAGUUGGAGGGAUCACAAUUGCAGCAGGAUUAUGCACAGAUAUUGUUAAAUAACCUUUUUGUUCUUUAUUCAAUAAAAAAACUAAAUGUUUUGUA